AAGAUAAUUCUAGUUCUCAUGCUGAUGUUGAUGGACUUGGAAAUAGAAUAAAAAGAAAUAAAAAUAAAGUUAAGAAAGUAAGAGAUGAUAUAGAAGAAUAAGCAUAAAUAUUUGAAAAAAUAAAAAAAGUUAACAGAGAAAUGACUGGAGCAGAUAUUCAUGCAAAUAAAAAAGCUUUAGGAAAUCAUUUUGUUUUUGCUUUAUUAUCAGAUUAAGAUAAGGAAGAAAUUAUUAAAAAAAUGUUCUAUUGUGAGAAUGUAGAAGAAUAUAUUUUUAAAUAAGGUGAUUAAGCAUCUUCAUAUUUUAUUAUAGAAAAAGGAGAAUGUUAAAUUAUUAUAAAUGACGAAGUCAAAAAAACAAUUCAUCAUGGAAAUUGUUUUGGAGAAUUAGCUCUUUUAUAUGGUUCUCCAAGAUCAGCAUCGGUAAAAGCUAUUGGUAUAUGUGGAUUUUGGGCAAUAGAUAGAAAUACAUUUAAAAAAGCAAUAGCUGAUAUAGUACAUAGAGAAUAUUAAGAAAAUAGAACAUUUAUAGAAAAAAUCAAAUUUUUUAAUUCAAUGACUAAUGAAUAAAAAGAUGCAAUAGCAAAUGUAUUAAUAAAUUAAGUAUUUUAAAAAGGUGAGGUAAUAGUAAAUUAAGGAGAUAUGGCAAGUUCCUAUUAUAUAAUAAAAAAAGGAUAGGUAGCAAUUUAUACUGGAGAUAAAGAAUUAAGAAAAAUGGGUAUAGGAGAAACUUUUGGAGAGCAAGCCCUUUUUGAAAAUGCUAAAAGAGGAGCGACAGUAAAGGCUAUUGAAGAUGAUUCAAGAUGUAUAGCUUUAGGAAAAGAUACUUUAUAGAGUGUAUUAGGAGAUAAAAUUUAAGUUAUUAUUAAUAAUAAUAUGAUGAGAUGGGCUUUUGAGAAUAAUAAUACAUUAAAAAACAUGACUCUUAUAUAGAGAGAAAAAAUUGUAAAUAAUUCUGAAUAAAAGAAUUAUAAAAAAGAUGAGGUAUUUCUUGAACAAGGAAUUGUACUAAAUAAACUUGUUUUUAUUUUAGAAGGAGGAUUAGAAUAUAAAGAUAAUAAAUAAAAAGUUGUUGAAAAAGGUUUCGCAUUUGGAGAUUAAUGGCUAUAUGCAAAAAAUAAAAAUGAAAAAAAUUAAAAAACUAUUGUCUUUUCUUCAGAUUCUUUAAUAGCAGAAAUUUCAUUUAAAUAAAUUUUUGAAUGUAUUGGGGGACCUAUUGAAAUCAUUUUUGAAAAAAAUAAAGAUUCACAUGAAGUAAAAUAUAUGAAAAGAGCAAAUUCUAAAGAAAUUAAUAAAUUCUAACAUUUAAAAUUAGAAGAAAUGAUAUCUAUUAAAAAAUUAGGAUUUGGAUAAUUCGGAAGUGUAUUUUUAGUUAAAUCUAAAAUAGACAACGAAUAUUAUGCAUUAAAAUGUAUAUAGAAAGCACAAGUUAUAGAACAGAGUUUAGAAAAACAUUUAUUAUAAGAAAAAAAAGUAUUAGAAAAUGCAUAAUUUCCUUUAAUAAUGAAAUUCAUACGAUCAUUUAAAGAUAAUAAUAAUAUUUAUUUCCUAAAUGAAUAUGUUAAAGGAAUGGAAUUAUUUGAUGUCAUAAGAGAAAUAGGUCUAUUAAACGUGUAAGAAUCAUAAUUUUAUAUUGGGUCUUUAUUAUUAUGUAUAGAAUAUUUACAUACGAAUUCAAUUAUAUAUAGAGAUAUAAAACCUGAAAAUAUAAUGGUUGAUAAUAAAGGUUAUAUGAAAUUAAUUGACAUGGGAACAGCUAAAUUCUUAAAAGGAAAAGGUGGAAAAACUUUUACAAUUAUUGGAACACCUCAUUAUAUGGCUCCUGAAAUAAUAACAGGAAAAGGCUAUACAUAUAGUGUUGAUUUGUGGUCAAUAGGAAUAUGUUUAUUUGAAUUCAUGUGUGGAGCAGUUCCUUUUGCUGAAGAUGCUGAAGAUCCCUACGAAAUAUAUGAAGAAAUAAUGAAAAAAUCUAUAUAAUAUCCAGGCUUUUUAAAAGAUAAGAAUUCAAAAUCUCUAAUUAACUAACUUCUUAACAAAACACCUGAACUUCGAAUUGGAGGUUCUUUUGCAGCUUUAAAGGCUAACCCUUGGUUUGAUACUUUUGACUUUGAUAAACUUAUGGAUAGGUAAUUAAAAGUUCCUUAUGUUCCUCCUAAAGAUAAGCUUAUUUCUGAUGGAGAAGUUAGAAGGUAAGAAAAUUUAGGUAAAAAUAUAAUGGAAGACCUAAAAAGUGAAAAUUAAUAAAAAUAUAAAAAAUAAAAUGCUAAAGAUCCAAAUUGGGAUAAGGACUUUUGA